AUGGCUGUGGAUUUCGUUGUGGGAAAAGCAUUCGAGGCACUCUAUGCGGGCGUUGAAGAGGUCAUUCGGAAUAAUCUGAUAUUCUCCGAUCUCUGCAAGGACAUCAAAGACAGGCUCGACUGUUUAGCACCACUGAUCCACGAGAUGGGGAAAUAUAACCAACAAUUGGAUCUUACAAAGGAGUUGGAAGCUUUAGAAGGACUCAUAAAGCGGGGGACAGAGCUCGUCAGCAAAUGCUCUAAGCUUGGUAAGUGGAGCGUCCGGAACAUCUACAAGAAGCAGAAGUACUCGAAGGAAUUUCUUGAAUUCAAAGAGUCUCUCCAAAAGGAGUUAGAGGUACUCAAGGUGCAGGUGGCAAGAGAUGUGAAGAAGACUGGAGUUGCCGUGGAGAGUAUGGCAAUAGAAGUGAAGAAGACUGGAGUUGCCGCGGAGAAUAUCCAGGUUGUGCUUCAAAACAUAGAAAGGGGUGUUUCAUUGCUUUUGAAGAAGAAUGAGGAUUUAGAAAUUGAAGCUUUAAGUGCAGCACUGCCUGAACUCCCAGAGCUGAUAGUCGGAUUGGAAGUUCCUUUGGAGCAACUGAAGGGGAAGAUUCUUAAGGAUGAGAGAUCCAUGCUCACCCUGACUGGUCCUGCAGGAUGCGGCAAGACUACUUUGGCAGCAAAGUUUUGUCAAGAUCAAGACAUCAAAGAUAAAUUCCAGGAAAACAUCUUCUUCGUCACUUUUACUAAAAAGCCCAACUUGGAGCGUAUUAUGAAAGGGUUAUAUGAACAAAAGGGUUAUAAAGGACCUGCUUCCCAUAAUGAAGCAACUCCAGUGAAAUGGCUUGAAAGGGUUGAGAUGGAAAAAGGUGAAGAUCCUUUAUUGUUGGUCUUGGAUGAUGUUUGGUCUGGAUCAAAAUCUCUUCUUGAGAAGUUUGAGUACAACAUGUCAAAUUACAAGAUUUUAGUGACAUCGAGGUCUGAAUUUCCGAAAUUUGGUCCUUCAUAUCAUCUACAACUAUUAGAUUAUGAAAAUGCAAUGCAAGUAUUUCAUCAUACAGCAUCCUUGGGAGACAAGAGCUCUCAUAUUCCAGAACAUCUUUCGAAAGAGAUAGUAAAAUAUUGCAAUGGGUUUCCAUUGACCAUUACAGUGGCCGGAAGAUCACUUUGCGGGCAGCCUGAAGAAAUGUGGCGAAGUAGAGUAGAUGAUUGGUCGGAAAGUUCUUCCAUUCUUGAUUUUGAGACGGGUCUGCUUCUUCAGCUCCAAACCAGCAUAGAUGUCUUAGAAAAUGCUCCGCCUAAGGUCAAAAAAUGUUUUUUCGACCUAUGUGCUUUUCCGGGAGAUGUUGAAAUCCAAGUUACAGCUCUCUUUGAUAUGUGGGCAGAGUUGUAUGAUCUAAAGAAAGAGACGUCAUGCAUUGGCAAACUCUAUGAACUCAACAAUCGCGGUCUGGCUCUUUUACAAGAACCAGAAGGGGAUAAACGUUUCGGAGCGGUACAGGAGGCAAAAGAUUUCAGUGAAUACGUCGUUAGACAACAUGAUUUGCUUCGAAAACUGGCUAUCUACAACUUGAAAGGGGAUCCGGUGGAGGAUAGAAAAAGACUAAUAAUAGAGAUAUGUGGAAACAAUUUUCCCAAAUGGUGGAGAGAACAAAAAUAUCCAUACAUCAAUGCGCGACUUGUAUCUAUCUCAACUGAUAGAGAGUUCUCAGUGAAACUGCCCAACAUGGAAUUUCCAGAGGCAGAGGUUCUAAUCUUGAAUUUUCAAUCAGAAACGCUCUUUGCCUUACCCGAAUUUGUGGAGAGAAUGCAUAAACUCAAGAUGCUGCUGGUCCUAAAUUACUCUGGCUGUUAUGUUGAAAUGGAUAAUUUUGAGCUACUAGGCUCCUUAUCUAAUCUUAGGAGUCUCAGAUUAGACGGCAUCAAUUUUUCUUGCAUAACCAAGAGCCCAGUACAGUUGAAGAAUCUACACAAGUUGUAUUUGAGAGCAGGGAGCUACGAAGUUGAAGAGGAAGAUGAAUGGAGCUAUGACGACGAAGAUCCUGUUGAAUUGUCACAUGUAUUUCCAAAUAUUAACGAAAUGGUCAUUGAGGCCUUCGAUUUCUGGGAAUGUCCUGCAGGGCUCUGCGAGCUGGUUCAUCUAACAAAGCUCAAAAUCAUUUCUUCUGGUCGCAGUUCAUUUGAGUUGCCUGAAGCCAUUGGAAAUCUGGUCAGAUUAGAAGUUUUGAAGCUUGAGAACUUUGGAGUGCUUCCUGACUCGAUUGGAAAUCUCAAGAAAUUAAAAUUGCUCAUCAUCAGCCGCUUUUAUUCGAAAGAUGCCUUGCCUGAAUCGAUUGGAAGUCUGUUUUUGCCUGAACAAAUGGGCAAGCUCAAGUGUCUGAGACAUCUCAUCAUCGACCGCUGUGAUCGGCUAUAUAAGUUGCCUGAAUCGAUUGGAAAAUUGAUCAAUUUAGAAGUAUUGAGUCUAAGAAUAGAGGAGUUGCCUGAGCAUGUUGGUGAAUUGAAGAGUUUAAGAAAGCUGCAGAUGGUUUUCUGUAAUGUAUUGAGAAAACUGCCUGAAUCAGUUUCACAUCUUGAGCAGUUAGAGGAAGUGAUAUGCGAAGAUUGGCAGGCAAGAGAGUUAUGGACACCCUUUUUACCCACUCUCAAAAACCUUAGCAUCGUGCUCUGGAAGCCCAAGUAA